AUGGCGUUGGUCAACGACCCAAACCAGUUACAUUCCUUAGAAAAUAACUCGCACCAGCAAGGAUCGACUUUAACGUCCGAGAGACCUUAUGUUGAUGCUUUUUUGAACGUCGAGCGUCCAAAAGAUGCUUUCGAUAUAAUUCAGAAUAGAAUGAGAAAAGCAAAGAUUUUAAAUGAAGAAAUAGCAGACUAUUUUCGUGAACGAGCACUGGUGGAAGACCAUUACGUAAAGGGCCUUCAAAAACUAUCCAAGAAGAUACCUGUGACGGAAAGAUCAGCAUUAGGCAAUUUUACGUCUGUCUGGGAAUGUCUUCAUGGUGAACUCAACGAAAUAGCCAGCAUUCAUUCAUCGUUUAUGAAAAAAAUUAAUGAAGAGGUCGAGACACCCAUACGAAACAUAAGUACUUCCGACGAUUGGGUGAAAGUAAAAGAAUAUGAUACCAGUCUAUUAAAAAUAGUCAAGGAGUGGGAGGAGAGAUCGCAAAAAAUGCACAAGCAUAAGAUAAAAAUAGAAAAAUCGGCUGGAAAGAAAUCACAAGCUCUUGAUAAUCAGAGGUUGGACGAUGCCCGUAAGGCACUCGAUGAUACAACUGUUCGCUGGCUAACAAUUGCUGGUGAGCUAUUGCCGCGUUACCAAGCUUUGGAUGAAACGCGAUUACAGAACCUCCAAGAAAGCAUUGUCCGAUUUGAACUUAGUCAAUCGGAAAUUUGCAGACGACUGGAAGAAGUUGCUGACAGAACUAUGAAAGAGGUAACUGAAUUCGAAGUAAAACAAGAAAUCAGUCGAUUCUGUACAACUCGGUCUCGCUCAUUUACAGGGAUUAAUACGGAUGAGUUGACGCCGCAUGCAGGAAAUGGAGUGAAGUUUAACUUUGAUGUGAUGAAACGUAAAUCACGAGCGGUCCCGUCCAUCAGGGAUAUCCACGACUCUUCAUAUACCAAGUUUGAAAAUUUUACAGAAGAACACAAGCCUGAUGAAUCGGUGAGCUCACCUGCGACAAGUGAGCAUACCCGCGAAGUACGAAAAACCGAAAGCAACAACCAAUUGCCAAGAGUAAUAGUCGAUGCAGAAGGCUAUUCCGUUCCACCACCAGAUACGAAACCAUGGGAGACGUCUUCGCAGGGAGUAUCGGAGGGGCAAGAUUCUGACAGUCGAUCGGAUACAACGAGCACAAUGCAGACGGAAAAAAUACACGUCGAUAUCAAGCCAGAAACUAUUCGUGAGCAGGACGAGGAAGAAAAUGCACGAGCCCUGACACGCGUGAAAACACAAUUACUAUCAAAAUCUCAGAGCAGCUUGAACGGUCGACGACAUCGCAGAAGAGAGGGAUUGCGACAUCUUACAGGCUUUACCGACAGCAUGUACUUUGAUUCUAGUGAUACUCCAACAACAUUCGAGCGUAACGGCAGUCAAUUCGGUAGUCCUGAAUCGACGUCACCCACUUCGUCUGAAUUUACAGAUGUCAUGGGCCGUUCCGCUUCCCUCCACUCUGAUGCCGACUCGCCUACUCUGCAAGCCAGUAUAUCCGAGACGCUAAGCGUAAUGUCUAAAGGCGGCGAAAUAGUUAAAAUCCUCAUAACUGGUGAAAUAAACGUUCGGUGCUUGCAUUUUCCAGCACGAGACAACAUUGCGCCAUUCAAACUCAAGAUUGCAAAUCUCGAAACACUCGAAAAGGCCGUGCCGAAUGCAUCGUAUAUGAAACCGGCAGCCGAAGGAACGGGAGAAUUCGAUGUCGACCCGGGUAUGUUGGCUUUGUCGGGUGGUAAACCGGUGACAUUGUUGAAAUAUCAAGUUCGUAGUAAUGUAGAGGACAAGACUGCAUUCACUCCGUUUACUGCUGUGCUUAAGUGGAAAUUUGAUGAAAAGACAACUUCGGUGGUCGUUGCGUAUCGUAAGAACGAAGCAUGUCACCUAACGGGACCAGUGGAGUUUUCAGUCUUGGUACCUGUCAACACAGAAGUAGGCUCGGUACACGCUCGUCCGCUAGGAAACUGGAAUCCAGAGACAAAGAAAAUGUAUUGGCAAAUAGAAGGGUUUGACCUGUCUCAGCCAGCAGACUGGAAGACUAUUGCUGCACAGUUUGAGACUGAAGAACAUGCAAAACCUGCACCUGCAGCAGUGAAAUUUUUAGUAAAGGGACAAUCGUUGAGUCAGAUUGAUUUGCAAUUGGUGACUAACGCUCAAGAGGAGGAUGGUCGACAAGCUGUAAUUUUAGAAGAGGUGGCGCGGCAGGUGUCGAGUGGAAAGUUCUUUGUUGCUCCUUAG